GAGUCCUGAGCAGGAUGCAGCAGCCAGUGGCUGGUGACAGGAGCACAGCCAUUCCUUUCUGGUACCCAUCCCAGGGCAGACUCACACCUGACUCAAACUGCACGCACCGCAUCAUUGAGGAUCCUGAGUGGUCCCUUGCCACUGUGCCCCACCUGACAGAGCUCUGCCUCCAGCACAUCGCUGACAAUUUCGAAAAGAAUCCUAUUUUGGACUGUCUUCUGCCUGAGCACCAAAGGAAGGUGCUGGACAGGCUCUCCACUGGCCUUCCACUUGCUGUGACUGCCAACCUAGUAAGCGAUGAGGACUACUGGAAGAGGCGUUGCACUGAGUGCUGGCAAGUGUGUGAUAUCUCCAGCUAUGGCGAUAGCUGGAAACGGAUGUUCUUCGAACGUCACCUGGAGAGCAUCCUGAAACAGUUCAUCCCUAACACCACAGAUCCCAACCAGGUCCAAGAGCUCAUCCCUCUCUGCAAAGACUAUGUGCGAAAACUUGAGGUUGAUCAAUUCCUACCACCAGUGCAAGUGGAUCAAAAGGAGGACCUCUCUGAUACUGAGAGUGAUUUUGGAUUUGAUGAGGUCUCCAUGUGUCACUAUGACCUGGGAGCUCUCAUUCCUGCUCUCCCUCAUCUUGAAGAGCUUCAUCUUACUUAUGGUGUGAAGGACUGUGGCAUGAACUUUGAGUGGAAGCUCUUUAACUUCACCUACCAGGACUGCUGCAACCUAGCUGCUGCGGUGAAGAUGUGCCUCAACUUGAAAGUUUUCAAGCUGACACAGAGCAAAGUUGAUGACAGCAAGACCAAAUUGCUGGUCCAUAACUUGCUGGAUCAUCCCUGCUUGGUAGAGCUGAACUUGUCCCACAACCUCAUCGGGGACAAGGGGGCACAAGCUGUUGCCAAACUGAUCAACCACAGCAGAUUAGAGACCCUCGAUCUGUGCAAUAACCAAAUCCAUCCCCUGGGGGCUCAGGCUCUUGCUCAAGCCCUGGCUGAGAACUCUACCCUGACCUCCCUGAACCUGCGCCUCAACUAUGUGGAAGACAAAGGUGCGCAGGCGAUUGGCCACGCCCUGCUGACCAACACCACUCUGAAGUCCAUUCAUCUGGGAAGUAAUAACCUGUCAGAGCCAACCGCUACACUCUUCUCCCAGGUCCUGGUUCAGAACACGACCCUGACAACUAUCAACUUCUCAUGCAACCCCCUGGGGCUGGAUGGUGGGAAGCAGCUGCUCAAAGGGCUGGCAGAUAACAAGGCUUUGACCGAGUUCGACCUCCGCAUGGCAGAGGUGGGCCAGGAGACCGAGUACCUCAUUCACCAAAUUGUGUGGGCCAACUGGGAAGCAGCAAGGCUGAGGUCUAUGCAGCACCCUGUCACCAAACCCCUCCGAAGAAAACUCUCCAGAGAGUAAUGAGCUUUGAACCAUCCAAAUGGUCUAUUUCAGCCCUAGCCCUGGGGGUGAGGCAGCCCCUUUAGACGUUUUGCUGAGAAGGACACGUAUACAGGGAAUGAUGUUUCGACUUCCUCAGCAGCUUUUUCUGGCUGCUACCCUGCUCAGGGAUACAUCUGUUUUUAUAGCAAAAUCUGUCUGGAGUCUCAGAUAUGGGUGUUAAAAAGUUAAAGAAGCAAACAAAAAAUCCAAUAAAUGCUCUCUCCACCACAGUUGCCUGCUUUGGGUCACUAUGCCUUCAACCAAGGUUAGGCUGUUUUGCAACAGGUGAGUUCUUUACAACCAUAUGCUUACCUUAACAAGUAGUGCUUGCUUACCUUAAUUAGCAGUGCUC